UUUGAUACAGGUUAAAUGGCUCCGGAUAGAGAUGCUCCACCUGAAAACUCACAAGAAAACUCACAAGAAAGAGAUGCUCAAGAAAGAGAUGCCACAGAUACAAAUGCUCCACCUGAUACUGAAGCAAAAGAAGUUGCACGAGGCAUCACUAUUAUGAAGGGAAUCGUUCGACAUAGAGACCAAGGAUUAGUAUACCGUUUGGAUUGGAAUUCUGAUAAACAAGCAAUUGGUCCUAAUUCUGCAAAGUUGACCAGCUAUAUUGGUACACUUGUUCGUAUGCAUAUUCCGGUCUCCACAGCUAAAUGGAAUCUGAAAAGCGAAGAGUUGGAUGCGAAAAAAAAAGCGAUUUGGGACGAGCUUCAGAGGACUUUUGAGAUACCAGAUGAUCGUAAACGCUACAUACUUAGUUUGGCCGGCAAAAGAUAUAGAGGGUGGAAAGCCUUUUUGACAAACACCUAUCUUAAGGAUAAAGAUGGAAACUUUCUUGAAGAGGCACCGGGACGGCCAAAAAAGUAUGAGAUCUUCAUUGGUGAAAAAGAUUGGGCUGAGUUUGUAAAUCAAAGAGAUGAAGAUUUUCGGAAAAGGAGUGCCACGAAUAGUGAGGUGAUGUUUUUUAUGCAUCACAAUAUGCAUUCUUUGGGAAAGAUGUUGUCCAGUGAGAUCAAGGAUAAGAAGGUAUUUACUCAUAAUUGUUGA